UUCAUUUGGACUUUGUACUUGUAGAUAUCAACAGCUUUACUUGCGGAAACCACAGUCCAGGAAAGAGAUACUCUCCAUCAUCACUGAGUCUGAAAACAUUUGCUUAAUAGUUGUAAAGACACUCGAGAUGCCUCUCUUUGCAUUCAUGGUUUUUAUUGUCAUCACCUCUAAGCUGCUACAUUCAUCCUCAGAAAAGCCAACAUAUGAUGCAAUAUUGCCAAGUAGCAUAACAGCAUUGAGCGGUUCUUGUGUGGAGAUACCUUGUACAUUCAACGUGUCUGAUUUUGAAAACAGUCUGCAGACUGCGGACAGUACUUUUGGUUGCUGGUUAAAGACGACAGACCAUUUCGACCUAACAAAUCCAGACAAUAUUGUUUUCAAUGGUAGUGAAAACAUCAUCAGAGGAUUUAGUCACAUAGAGAUGCUUGGAAAUGUUAGUCGGCGUGAAUGCACCACUGUUUUCUAUGACAUCAGGCAGACUCAUUCAGACAAGUACUUCUUCAGGGUGCAAAUGGAGCCGAAUAAUAUUUUUAGAGCAACAUUUGUCAACAGUCCAAUCAUCAUAUCUGUCUCAGAUGUGCCACUGCCACCUAAUCUUACACCCAAUGAUCUGCAGGAAGUAAUGGAGAACACAACAGUCAAUGUAAGCUGCUCUGCUGAAGCCCCCUGUCCCAAAGAGCCUCCUACAUUAUCCUGGACAAACAUCCCCAAACCUGCCAUCAAUACAAACCAGUUACAGGAGAAACCUGAUAAAACCCUGUCAGUGUUUUCACAAAUCACCUUUAAAGCUUCAUACAUGGAUCACAGAAAGAACAUCUCCUGCACUGUUACAUAUCCAAGAAAUACAUCUAAUGACACAACUGUGGAGACCACCAUGAUGCUGCGAGUUCUGUUUCCCCCAAAAGAAACUCAUGUCACCAUUCAGCCAUCUGCUUCAGUCUCUGUUGGCACUAAUGUGACUUUGACCUGCAAAAGCAAAGCCAAUCCAUCAAAUGAUAUGAACUACACCUGGUACAAACAUGGAGAGCAGAAACAUCUGGCUUUUGGGGAGCAAAUUACCUUCAAUGUAGGUAAAACCAGUGGAGGCUGGUACUUCUGCAUGGUAAAAAACAAUCAUGGUGCCCAGAAGUCAGAAGAGGUCCAGCUGAUCGUGGAAGGAUACUUCAUACCUUUGGUUGCAGGCUGUGUCGGAGGAGUUUUAGUUUUAUUCUUGUUAUUUCUACUGGCAAUGACUUUCAGAAGAUUACUACGAACAAAGGCAUCUAAUGAAUCCAUUAUAGGGGAAACGGAACUCUCAGAUCAGGACCAGAAAAAACAUGUACAGAUCAGCUCCAUUUAUAAUAAUAGUACUUACAUGACAAGUGUGGAGCGAGAGAUUCCAAAGGAUGAGAAUGAUGUAAUUCACUAUGGAGAGAUCGACUUUUCCAACCUCAAAACUAACUGCACUCCAGAGAAAGGCUUAGGUCAAGAGACGGUUUAUGCUUUGGUUUGCAGCCCAGGGAAAGAGAUGAACAUGGAUUAGUCUAUAUCAGAUAAAAUGGGUCAUAAUCAGUAGAAGAUUUUGUCAGCUUAGAUUGUCUCAUGUGUAUUUUGUGCAUUGUGGGAAGAUAAUAUUUAGCAACUUUGGUUUAAUCCGGAUAGAAAUCUGAAUUUAAUGUAAAUUUUAAUGCUUUACUUUAAAAAUAAAAUUGAAAUAAUUAAUUAAAAAAUAUUUCUUAAUGUAAAGCACUUUAUCCUGUAGUUCCCAUCUGUGUAAUAUUGCUUAUGUUACAAGUCAUAGGGCUAAUAUUGUAUAUCCACAUAGUUGUUCACAAUUUUCACAUAGUGUGUGAAGUCAGUCUGCGAAGGCAUCAUCUAUGCCAACUGGAGCGCAGUGCCUGUCGAAAAAAAAACCUCUCCAUGUUCAACUAGUUGUAAUGAAAACAAAGGCAGGUUUCCAUGAUUCUAUUA